AUGUCCAGAAAGUUGCGUGCAAACUUCUUGAAGAACUGGUUCGCCGUCGAGGCUACCCCCAUUUUUGUCGUCGUUGGAGCGGUUAUCCUCGGUGGAAGCUGGUACCUCACACGGCUUGCCCGGGGACCUACGAUCGUCUGGACGAAGGAUAACCCCACUCCUUGGAACGAGAUCCAGCCGAAUGAGGGCACCAAGAUGCUGACCGUCAACCAACAUUUCGACAAGAGCUGGGAGCGCAAGAAGCUGUGA